ACGGCACAGCCCUACCUCCUGCUCGCGGCUGUUAGUGACGCGGGCGUGCACACGUCGCAACCCAGAGCCUCCACGGCCAUGGCUUCCGUAGGAGCGACCUCAGGCAGGACGCCGCAGGAGCCGGGGCCCGGGGAGGCCUCGGCCAGCCUCCCCAGCCUGGCCCCAGUGCCCGGCUUCGGGGAGGGGGAGGAGGAGGAAGAGGAGGAACCCGCGGAGAUUCAUCUGUGUGUGCUGUGGAAUUCAGGACACCUGGGCAUUGCCUACUAUGACACUGGUGACUCCACCAUCCAUUUCAUGCCAGAUGCCCCAGACCAUGAGAGCCUCAAGCUGCUGCAGAGAGUUCUGGAUGAAAUCAAUCCCCUCUCUGUUGUUACCAGCGCCAAACAGGAUGAGAAUAUGACCCGAUUUCUGGGAAAGCUUGCCUCCCAGGAUCACAGAGCGCCUAAGAGACCUGAAAUUGUAUUUUUGCCAAGUGUGGAUUUUGGUCUGGAGAUAAGCAAACAGCGCCUGCUUUCUGGAAAUUACUCCUUCAUCCCUGACUCCAUGACUGCCACUGAGAAAAUCCUCUUUCUUUCCUCCAUCAUCCCCUUUGACUGCCUUCUCACGGUUCGAGCACUUGGAGGGCUGCUCAAGUUCCUGGGUCGAAGAAGAAUCGGGGUUGAACUGGAAGACUAUAACGUCAGCGUUCCCAUCCUGGGCUUUAAGAAAUUUGUUUUGACCCAUCUGGUGAGCAUAGAUCAAGACACUUACAGUGUUCUGCAGAUAUUCAAGAGUGAGUCUCACCCCUCGGUGUACAAAGUGGCCAGUGGACUCAAGGAGGGGCUUAGCCUCUUUGGAAUCCUCAACAGAUGCCGCUGUAAGUGGGGAGAGAAGCUGCUCAGGCUAUGGUUCACACGUCCAACUCAGGACCUGGGGGAGCUAAAUUCUCGUCUGGAUGUCAUUCAGUUUUUCCUGUUACCCCAGAACCUGGACAUGGCACAGAUGCUGCAUCGAUUGCUGGGUCACAUCAAGAAUGUGCCUCUGAUUCUUAAACGCAUGAAGUUGUCCCACACCAAAGUCAGUGACUGGCAGGUCCUCUACAAGACUGUGUACAGUGCCCUGGGCCUGAGGGACGCCUGCCGUUCCCUGCCCCAGUCCAUUCAGCUCUUUCAGGAAAUUGCCCACGACUUCUCUGAUGACCUACACCACAUUGCCAGCCUCAUUGGGAAAGUGGUGGACUUUGAGGGCAGUCUUGCUGAAAAUCGCUUCACAGUCCUUCCCAACAUAGAUCCUGAAGUUGAUGAGAAAAAACGAAGGCUGAUGGGACUUCCCAGUUUCCUCACUGAGGUUGCUCGGAAGGAGCUGGAGAAUCUGGACUCGCGUAUCCCCUCCUGCAGUGUCAUCUACAUCCCGCUGAUCGGCUUCCUUCUUUCUAUUCCCCGACUGCCUUCCAUGGUGGAGACCAGUGACUUUGAGAUCGAGGGUCUGGACUUCAUGUUCCUCUCAGAGGAGAAGCUGCACUAUCGUAGUGCUCGAACCAAGGAGCUGGAUACAUUGCUGGGGGACCUGCACUGCGACAUCCGGGACCAGGAGACCCUGCUGAUGUACCAGCUGCAGUGUCAGGUGCUGGCACGGGCGGCUGUCUUGACCCGGGUGUUGGACCUUGCCUCCCGCCUGGAUGUCCUCUUGGCUCUUGCCAGCGCUGCCCGGGACUAUGGCUACUCAAGGCCCCGUUACUCUGCCCGGCUCCUUGGGGUACGAAUCCAGAAUGGCAGGCAUCCUCUGAUGGAACUCUGUGCCCGAACCUUUGUGCCAAACUCUGCAGAAUGCAUGGGGGACACAGGGAGGGUCAAAGUCAUCACUGGACCCAACUCCUCAGGGAAGAGCAUAUACCUCAAACAGGUAGGCCUCAUCACAUUCAUGGCCCUGGUGGGCAGCUUUGUGCCAGCAGAGGAAGCCGAAAUCGGGGCAGUAGAUGCCAUCUUCACUCGAAUUCAUAGCUGCGAAUCCAUCUCCCUUGGCCUCUCCACCUUCAUGAUCGACCUCAACCAGGUGGCGAAAGCGGUGAACAAUGCCACCGAGCGGUCUCUGGUCCUUAUUGAUGAAUUUGGAAAAGGAACCAACACGGUGGAUGGGCUCGCACUCCUGGCUGCUGUGAUCCGACACUGGCUGGCGCUUGGACCCAUGUGUCCCCAUAUCUUUGUGGCCACCAACUUUCUGAGCCUCGUUCAGCUACAGCUGCUGCCGCAGGGGCUUGUGCAGUAUUUGACCAUGGAGACCUGUGAAGAUGGGGACGACCUUGUGUUCUUCUAUCAGGUUUGUGAAGGUGUUGCCAGUGCCAGCCAUGCCUCCCACACAGCUGCCCAGGCUGGGCUUCCUGACAGACUCAUUGCUCGUGGCAAGGAGGUCUCAGACUUGAUCCGCAGUGGAAAACCCAUCAAGCCUGUCAAGGAGCUGCUAAAGGCGAAGCAAAUGGAAAAUUGUCAGACAUUAGUAGAUAAGUUUCUGAAAUUAGAUUUGGAAGAUCCCAGUCUGGACCUGGAGACGUUCAUGAGUCAGGAAGUGCUGCCCGCCGCCACAGCCAUCCUCUGAGAGUCCUUCCUGUGCCCUCCUCCAUGUCCCAAACCCCGGGGGAGCCACCAGAGCCUCUUUGUUCCCUUACUUCACACCCAGCGUUCUCAGUCUCCCUGGAAGUUUUGCUUCAUGUGAGUAAUAAAAUUUAUUUUGGAGAAA